UAAUUUAUAAGUUGGUGUGCAUAUCAGGUUAUUUUCCUGCCGAUAAUAAACAAGUUUCGCUUUCUUAUUUUUUAAUAAGACACUACGAUUUUUAGUGAUCAAUGGCAUGCAGAUGGAAUAUGUACAAUCAAGUUUUUCCAGACUUCGGACCUGACCAAAAGGAAGCAGUUUUUACUUUGAUCAUAUGUACAUAAACGUAUAAAGAUUGUUUUGGGUACAAUGAAAGUGUUCAUGGAAACAAAUGGAUCAGCAUUUUGUGACAAAAAAUUCUCAUCAUGUUUAAAAAAACAAGGCCCCAAAUUCUGCAACGACAAAAUUCGAUGUUUCCAUGGUUGCGUCCCAAUCCCAUCAGUACGAAUUCAAAAGAAGAAUAAUAAAUACAAAUUGGUAGAUCAUCAAGAUCGUAGUUUGGGUCUGGUUGGAGUGUCCAUUGGAGAUCAUACGACGGAAGGGCCGACAGAAUCACAUGCAAAGGAUGGACUAGAAAUUAAAUCGGAUAAAUUAACGGGUAUUGCGAAUGUAAAGAGUUUAAGUGGAAUAAUGAAUAAGGGGGAAGCGGGAAGUGGGGGGAUUGCUUCGAUUGCAGGGGGUGGGGGAAUUAGGAGCUUGUUAGAUCCAUAA